UGGUCAAUUCAAGGUUAUUUCCUUCUUUGUGUGGUAAAUAAAGCAUAGUGUGGAGACCUUAUUAAGACAAGACAAAACAGAAGUAAGUGAAAGAUGAAGACCUCCGUGGCUGUGGUGACUAUAUCCCUCUUCUGCCUCAGCGUGGCUGAGGUGCAGCAGCUGGAUAACCAAGCAGAAGAGGGCCCCAGCAUAGAGAGUCCCAAUGCCGAGCGAGCAUGUCCCUGUGCUGGUGACAUACCAGGGAGCCAGAAAGGCCAUUGCCAACUCUUUGACAUCUUAAGAGACUUGGAGGCCAAACUGAAGAACACUGAAAAACAAUUAGAGGAUCUGAAGAGAGAGGUUCAAGGUAACCGUGUGGCAUUUGGAGCAUCUAUUGGCAAUGUUGGAAAUAUUGGACCUUAUACCAUUGAGAUCACACUGACCUACAAUAAUGUGUAUUCAAACACAGGCGCAUACAACCCUGCAACAGGUAUUUUCACUGCUCCAGUCAAAGGAGUCUAUUACUUCAGCUUCUCUGGCCAUAAUAUAUCAUCUAAACCAAUGGGGCUGCGCCUGAUGAAGAACGGAGAGCAGAUGAUUAUUGUGUACAACCAUCCAGCUGGAAACCGUUAUGAGACCGCAACCAAUGGCAUGACUCUACAGCUUCAAGUGGGAGACCAGGUGUACAUGAGACUGCGGUCAAACACCUGGAUUUUUGAUAACAGUAAUAACCACAGCACCUUUAUUGGUCAUUUGUUAUUCCCUCUGUAAGGGAAAGAGGAGAGUAGGGAACAUUUUUGAUGAACAUGAGUCUAAAUUUUGUUCAUUUUGUUUUAACUCCGUUGCCUGCAACAAUUCCGGAGAAAACUAUCUGGCUCUUUAGCUACCUUCUCUGUUUGCUGUGUUGAUAAUAGCAGCUCAGGAAAUUUUAAACAAUUUAAUUAUAUAAAAAAUAAUGCAGGUUAAGAAGAAUGAUUUUUAUAAUUGUGUACAUUGAAAAGUGUAUAUUCAUUGAUAUUAUGUUUGCCUUCAUAAAGUGUUUAUAUUAAUACAGCGAGUCUGAA